AUGCCUUCAGCAAGUCGUUACGCAGAUGCGCAUACGGACCCCCAAGGCGCCGGUGAUGCACGUCCAACUGCUCUCCAAAUAAUCAAGGAUGAGGGCGUUGAAGGUAAGCUGGCUGGCAAAGUCAUCGUCAUUACUGGUGCCUCGUCGGGUAUUGGUAUCGAAACCGCCCGUGCCUUGUCAGCGACCGGAGCCACCCUUUUCCUUCCAGCUCGCAAUCUAGAGAAGGCCAAAAAGAAUCUGGCUGGGAUUCUGGAGCCUGGAAGAGUCUCACUGGUUCCCCUGGAUCUCGACUCAUUCAAAAGUAUCCGCGCUGGAGCUGAACAGGUCCUCUCUGCCUCGAAGGGACAGGUUAAUCUCUUGGUCAACAGUGCCGGAAUUAUGGGUAUCCCGGAGCGUAAGCUCACGGAGGAUGGAAUCGAAGCCCACUUCUCGGGUAACUACCUGGGCUUUUUCCUUCUUUUCCAGCUCUUAAAGCAGAGUCUGCUAGCCAGUGCGACUUCCGAAUUUAGCUCCCGGGUUGUUAUUGUAUCUUCAUCGGCCCACAGAGCUGCAAGUCUCCCGGCAAGCGAGGAUUACAACUUUGAGGAGAGUGAAUACAACAAAGAGGCUGCUUAUAACAACGCCAAACUAGCAGCAGUGUAUCUGGCCAACAGAAUUGAGCAUCUAUAUGGAAGCCAGGGGCUCCAUGCAACCAGUCUUCAUCCGGGAGCCAUUAACACCGAUAUUUCUCGCAACUUACCCAAGGAGGCUCUGGACGCGAUCAUGACCAACCCCUACGUCCUUAAGAUUCUCAAGUCUCCCGCUCAGGGUGCUGCAACGACUGUAUUGGCGGCCGUGGGUAAGGAAUGGGAGAACAAGGGUGGAAAGUAUCUCGAAGAUGUCAAAGAAGCGAACCGUGGCGAGGACGAUGGUCAGACUUUUGGUGUUGGAUGGGUCAAGCAAACCUACGACCCGACGGAAGAGAGUCGUGUCUGGAAGGACUCCUUCAAGCUCGUUGGAUUGCAAGAGUAG